GCCCGGCUUUGGCCUGCACAGCGUACGACGAUAAUUGACACAGACACAGAGAGAGAGAGAGAGAGAGAGAGAGGGAGAGAGGGAGAGUGAGUUCCGAAUCAAAUCCAGCUCCCUCCUUCUUUCUCUCUCACUUUCUACACGCUUUCGGGCCUGCUUCAGCUCUAUCCUCUCCAGACUCUGUGCUCGUUCAAAUCCAGGUUGAAAUCGAGGAACGAUGAUUAAGCUUUUUAAGGUGAAGGAAAAGCAGAGAGAGAUUGCAGAGAAUGCCAAUGGGAAACCCCCUGUCAAGAAGCAAAGUGCAGGAGAGUUGCGUCUUCAAAAAGAUAUCAGUGAAUUGAACCUACCGAAAACGUGUAGUAUAUCAUUUCCUAAUGGCAAGGAUGACUUGAUGAACUUUGAGGUCACUAUUCAUCCUGAUGAAGGAUAUUAUCUAGGUGGUACGUUUCUAUUCUCUUUCCAAGUUUCCCCUGUCUACCCUCACGAGCCACCAAAAGUGAAGUGCAAGACAAAGGUGUAUCAUCCUAAUAUUGACUUGGAAGGAAAUGUCUGCCUCAAUAUUUUAAGAGAGGACUGGAAGCCCGUUCUGAAUAUCAACACCAUAAUAUACGGAUUAUUUCAUCUUUUCACGCAACCAAAUCAUGAAGAUCCCCUCAAUCAUGAUGCUGCUGCUGUUUUGAGGGAUAACCCCAAGUUGUUCGAAUCCAAUGUGAGAAGAGCCAUGGCUGGGGGCUACGUUGGGCAGACUUUCUUCACACGUUGCAUGUAGAUUCUACAUGAAUUUGUAAAGCACCAGAAGAUACAUCAUUUGAAGCAUGGACUUGGCGAGGUCUUCGAGCCUUUCUGGUAAGGUAACGUGUUUAACAGGACUAUCUCAUCAUCGACACGACGUGAUGUGCUUUGUGAUGCUGGUGGAACUUUGUUGUGUGUUUGCAGUAUUGGUUUCAAAUUCUCUCAAAGUGUAUUGCUGGAAGUUGGACUGGAAACUGAACCUCUUAUCUGUGUAUGUAUAUCUUCUAAUUAAUUUGUCUUGAAAAUGACAGAUUGCUCUUUUCCUAUCAGUUCAAAAGUGCAAGGUAUGUUCUUGGAGCCUCAUCAUCUCUUUUCUUUCUGAGUCUCUACUACUAUGGAUGUAAAUUUACCAAAUUGAAUCACAUAAGAUUUUAUACA